AUGCGCUUUUCGCGGGUAUCGCUCAUUCUUGCCGCAGGGUCCACUAUCAUACCAUACGUCAGUGCAUGGGGAGCGGUAGGUCAUGAAGUCGUCGCGACAGUCGCUCAGAUGCAUCUGCAUCCUUCAGUCAUGCCCAUUCUGUGUGACAUCUUGAACUACAAAGGGGACUGCCAUCUCGCUCCGGUUGCUGCCUGGGCGGACAAGGCCCCCUUCACUAUUGGCGCAACGGAUGACUAUCCUAGCGAGACUUGCCUUUUUCCGGGAGAGAAAGGCUGGGAGGGUAGAAGGAAUAUCAACGUGCUUAGCGGCAUAAGGAAUACCACAAGUACUCUGGAGAGUUACAUGGGCCUGCGCAAAGCUGGCUUGACCACUGCGAGCGAUGAAGAUGCAGCACAAGUCGCACUCAAGUUUCUCAUUCACUUCGUCGGGGAUAUGCAUAUGCCAUUGCACCUCACAGGACGUGAUCGAGGAGGGAACGGAAUUAAAGUCUCAUUUGACAGUCGUGUAACAAACCUUCACUCUCUCUGGGAUGGCCUCCUCAUAGCCAAAAGAAUCCGCACAAUACCAUCCAAUUAUACCCGCCAUCUGCCACUUCCCGAAGUUGAGACUCACCUUCGGGGUACUAUUUACGACCCCUAUAUUCGCCGUAUCGUAUGGGAAGGCAUUAUGGGCAAGUACGAGAACGAGCUCGACUCAUGGCUUACGUGUCCCGCCGAACCCUCCGUCCAACUCCUCCAAACUCACUGGGAGCAAUGGUUAUCUUGGACUUUUGGGCGUCGCACAGGGUCUUGGAUUGUGGGGUCGCAUCUUACAGAUGGAGGUUUGAACACCGAUGAUGAAACCUUGUGUCCAUACCAUUGGGCAACUCCCAUUCACGCUCUGAACUGCCAGAUCGUGUUCCCGAAGGCCUUAGAUGAACCACCAUACAACCGUGUUUCCUUCUCUGAGGGUACUCACGAUCAUGCCUGCAACUCAUCCAAUCAAACUCUUGAAGUCCACUGGCUCACCAGGCCGAGGAAGAAUCCAUACCUCGAGCUCGACACGCCCGAGUAUUCCGGGGCAAUCGAGGAUGCAUGGAUUGUUGAGAAGCUGAUGUCUCAGGGUGGUAUUAGGCUUGCAGCUAUUCUCAAUUGGCUCUUCGCAGAUAUGGGGGACUCGACUAUCUCAAAUAGAGCUUAUAUCUUGUAA